UGCUACUUGGAUGACGUGCACCAUGAAUACUAGCACUUUUUCAACCAAACUCCAAAGAACAUGCACUUUGUUUUGUUUGUGUUGACUGAACAGUAAUUUACUGAUGCAGAAGUACUUUUCUCUUUAGUGUCCCUUUAAGACCACGGUGGUCAGGACCAACACAGUUCGUUUGCCUCCCCCCCCCCUUUUUUUUCUUUAAAUUAAAGUUUGUGUAUGAUGCACUCUGGUAUAGCUGUUGAAAAUGUUGCAAUUAUUGUUGACAAGCACCAUUGUUGCACAUACAGGAAAGUAAUCAAGCCUUCGCUGUUUAUUAUUAUGCAUAAUUUUCCCCCGCCUAGCUUGCAAUGCCUACAUCUGUAAAAUUAGCAAUGGCUUGAAUAUUAACAGCACUCUUGUCAUUUUAUGGCUGAUAUCUUGCAGGUGUAAACCUGCCUUAGAAGGUUGCAUAGUUUGCUAAACAUCUAACUUUAAAAACUGUGCACCAAGAGGCUUGCACCUUUUGGCCAGUUUGAAUGUUGCCAUCCCAAGUUAUACCAAAUGCAAUCUGCAUUUUUGCGUUGAAAGGGGUUUGUAAUAAUAAAUGAUUCAUUGUUUAUUGAGAUUUGCAGGUGCUUGACUGUCUCCGAUAUGUCAUAACACUGACUGUUGGUGGCGGUGGGUGCAACUGAAAACUUGCAAAGAAUAUAAAAACAAUGACAAACUAAUUCUUUAGUGUCAUUCUACAGUUCCUGAGUUAUGUUAACUUGUACCACUGAUACUUUGACGUCAUCAAAGCUGUGCCAGCUUGUUCACAAUGUCUGCGCAGUUUGCUGUGGGCAUUCACAGAGGUCACAAAUAUCUUAUUCAUGACAUUUGUCUGUUGAAUGUAGCCUGCACAGCUUAACAGGUUGCUUGUCGUUCUAGUGUCUAUUAUAAUCUGUAAUGAAUAUUUUUACUUUGUUCAAAGGCACUUAUGACAAGGCAAAGAGGAGGGCCAAGAAGGCGGAAUGCGAGUCGGCUGUGGACACCACGGAGCUGUCGGGCACUUAUGACAAGGCAAAGAGGAGGGCCAAGAAGGCGGAAUGCGAGUCGGCUGUGGACACCACGGAGCUGUCGGCGAUGCUGCUGCGGGUGCAGCUGGAGGUGCGGCAGCAGAACAGGGACGUCCUGCAUGAGCUGGAGCAGCUGAGGCAUGAAGUACGGGUCGUGUCUGAGAGGCUGCAUGAAACAGCCUCUCGACAAGACCCGUGCAGUGUCUCAGCCUGCCUUGUCGACGGUGCCUCCAGUUCUUCCUCGGCUACCUGCCGGCAAUAUUAAAGAAUUAGAGGCAGUCGUGCGGGAUGAGGCUGUGGCUGCCACCUUGAUGUCAUCUGUGCGAAAGGGGGGGGGGCGACCUGACAGAAGCACAGGACUUCAUUAAGAGGUGGUUGCCAGGGUCUGUGGACAGGGGUGGUGGCAGGAAGAGGCGUUUCGCAGAAACGCUUGCAGCAGAGAAGCCCGAUGAUCCCUCCCUUUGGGGCAGGAAUCAUUGCCAGCCCACUGCUGCCCUCUCCCUGCCCCACCCUAGCCCUCAGGUCCCUGGCCAUGCGACUGUCGGCCCCUCCUGUCCGGCUGCUGCUGCCUCUGCUCCUUCCCCUGCUGCAGCCCCUGCUCCUGCAGUCCCUGUCGCCCCUGCCCCUCCUCCUGCUGCUACCCCUGGAGCUUAGCACCCCUACUGAUGCCUGCAUCAGUUCAAGAAUUGCAUUCUAAAUAGUAUUCUAAAUAAAUUAUAUUUUCAUUUAUGCUUUGCGUGUGUCUGCAGGAAGUUUCCUUCCCGCACUUAUUUCCUUCACGUUUCCUUCGCUACUAAUUGUAUACGCAGUAAGCUAGCAUAUAAGCAACAGAAUGGCCGAGUACAGGCUAUGCUUGAAACACAUUGGAUGCAAAAUGGCU